AUGAACUUCAGCAGUGAGAACUUUACCCGUGGUAAUGCUACCGCCAUUUAUAUACGUGCCGACAUCCUUCUGCUGGAGAACAUCUUGUAUCGCACACUUUUACCCAUUACCUGUGUGGGUGGAAUUAUUGGCAUCAUUAUGACAGUGAUAGUUCUGAGCCGAAAAAACAUGUGUACUUCCACCAAUUGCUACCUGAAAGCUCUGGCCAUUACUGAUCUGAUUUUCCUGACUUUAUUCUCCACAAAAUUGUUGGAUAAUCACUUUGCUGAGAAGGGCCCAACAGAUUUUGAAAAGUUUCACAUUUACCUGGCGUACCUGGAGAUUUUCCUUCACCUGUUCAACAUGGCAUCGAUAUGGCUGACAGUUAUGUUGAGUAUCGAGCGAUAUAUCGCCAUCUGUUACCCUCUAAGAGCUGUGUCCUUAAGUACAGUCUCAGGAGCACGGAAAUUCAUUGUGACGAUCUACUGUGUUGCGUUCUUGUGUGGCCUUCCUAAGUUCUGGGAGAUCAAAGUUGCAAGAAUCCCACAAUACCCCACACCGUUCAUCAAACUGACCGAGUUGAGCUACAACACAGAGUACAUCACGGCGUACCGCAUCAUUUAUGAGAUUCUCCUGAGCGCCGUGAUUCCGUUCUUGUUCCUGAUCAUUAUCAACUCACGGCUCAUUCAGGAGAUUCACAGGUCUACUCGGUACUUGCGACACCACCUAGCGGCAGACUCGAUUGUGAGCCACGUGAUAUCCGCGGAAGAGUUACAACUAACACUCAUGCUUGUUGGCAUUACCGCAGUGUUUUUUUUCUGCCAUGCCCCAUAUGUCGUAUACAAUUUCAUCACAGUGCUUACCGAGUAUGUCUACUCCCGCUCUCCAACUGUGGGCUUCACUCGUGCUUUCCGUAUUUUCCUACAUGUCAGCCUACUUUUAUUAAGCCUCAAGUCUGCAAUCAACUUUAUUCUCUACUGUUGGUUUAGCGAGAAAUUCCGGGUGACCUUCAAACGGCUGUUCUGCAUGCCCAAUUGUCUCACCCGUCCUCAGAUGAGGCGACUGAGUAACAACAGUCAUAAUCACAACCGGAGAAACUCUUAUCACAUCUCCAGAGAGACCACGUGCUGA